AUGGCAGAUGAAAAUAGUAUAUUUGUAGAAUCAUCUAUCUCGAUGGAGGAAAGAUUGGUUAAUCAAGAUUACACAGACUUGACAUGUUAUCUCUGUUUGGGAUUGGUAUUCGACACUAGACAAUGCUCUAACGGUCACAUUGCAUGUUUAGAAUGUGUCAAGCCAUUGACUGAAAAAGUGGGUAGUAAAUGUCAUUGUGGUGAACCAAUCAACCUACAGAGCUUGAGUAAAAGUUUGGUAGCUAACAACAGUGUAAAAAAAUUAGAGGUCUAUUGUGAAAACCAUUUUAGAUUAAUAAAUGGCAAAUGGGAAGAAUACCUUGAUCAACAAGGAUGCAAUGAAAUAACCACAAUUGAGCAAUCAGAGAGUCAUCAGAAAUCAUGUCCAUUUAAUAAGUAUUUAUGUCAACAUGAUGGCUGUGAUGUAGAGUUGGUCAGAGUGGAAUUAGAUGUACAUGAAAAAGGAUGUGUUCAUCGAUUGGUAAAAUGUGAUUUAUGUCAGGAAACAUUAAAGUCAGUGAAUAUGAAUGGUCAUAUUGUUGCUCUUUGUCCCGAAAUAAAUGAAGAGUGUUUAAAUGGUUGUGGAGAUACUUAUCCGAGAAAAACAAGAGAUGAUCAUAUUCAAACUUGUCCCGAUCAAAUGAUAGGUUGCCCAUUUGGUGAUGAAAUAUGUAAAGAAAAGGACAAGAGAAAAUAUAUGGACGCUCAUGCUCAGGCUUCUUGGCAUAUUGCUCAACUUGUAAUUAAAACAAAUCAAAAUAAUAAGGAAUUAAAGGAGGAAAACGACAAGCUAAACAAUCUAAUCGAGCAAUUGGAUUAUGAUAUGAUGGUUUUAGAGACACAAUUAGAUCUUUGUAUCAAAAAGAAAUCAAUGGAAUGGAUUAUUCCAAGUGACCCCAAAGCCAGUACCUGGAAAUCAAAUCGUUUCCAAAUAAGAGGUUGUACUUUUUAUUUAGAUUUUGGGAGAAACCUUUCAGGUGCAAUGAAUUGGUAUAUAUUUAUCGACAAACCUGCAGCAAUCAAUUACACUAUUGAAGUAACAGAGAAAGAUGGUCCACCCUUCACAAAAAAAAAAAUGAGUAAGGAAAUUAACCGAUUUUUACAAAUCUCAUCAAUGAGUGCAUUCCAAAGAAAAUCAGAAACAAAGAUAAAGCUUACCAUCGGUGUAUUAUCAUACACUAAACCACUGCCACAAACAUACUAA